AUGAUUGCUUCGGACCAGUCUUUGUUUCUUCCUGAACAACUUCUUGUUUCUGUGACAAGGACUAAUGAUGUGCUGACCCCGGCACAGAUCAAAUCAAUUUGCCAGGCGAUUCUGGACUCUGGGAAGCAGUAUGCGAUGAAAAAGCGGAAACCAUUCCCUCUGAUGUAUUCUUACUAUGGAACCGAAUACUUGGGAGCAGCUCAUGGCCUGUCGUCCAUUCUCCAGAUGCUUCUUUCAUACCAUGAGCACCUCAAGCCCUCAGAUCAGGAGCUGGUGUGGCAGAGCGUGGACUUCCUCAUGGAGCAAGAACAGAACUGCAACUGGCCGCCUGAGCUGGGCGAGGCCAUCGAGAGAGAGAACGAGCUGGUGCACUGGUGCCACGGCGCCCCAGGAAUUGCCUAUCUGUUCGCCAAAGCUUAUCUGGUUUCCAAGAAGCCACAGUACCUGGACACAUGUAUCCGCUGUGGGGAACUCACAUGGCAGAAGGGCCUGCUGAAGAAGGGGCCAGGGAUUUGCCACGGGGUGGCUGGCAGUGCCUAUGUCUUUCUGCUGCUCUACCGACUCACGGGGAACUCUAAGUACAUCUACCGAGCCCAAAGGUUUGCUGAAUUUUUAUUUACCGAGGAAUUCAAGGCCGGUUCCCGGGUCCUUGAAAGUAUAUACAGCUUGUAUGAAGGCUUCUCCGGGACGGUGUGCUUUCUGAUCGAUCUGCUGCAGCCCAACCAGGCUGAGUUCCCUCUCUUCAGCGUCUUUGUUUAGAAAGCUCCGUGUCGCACUGUGGCCCUGCAGAAGGUCCCUGAGAUUUCCUGAGCCUACUACCCGAGGCCCUUCCCACACAAGCCACAUUCAAUGGUAUCACAACCCUGAGCCUUAACAUUGCCGCCGAGAGAAGGAAGGAAGGACUGAAGGAAGGUAGGAAGGGAGCAGGCAGGUGAAGGCAAUAAUGGUACAAGAUUUAAGGGAAAAAACAGUGUGAGAACCUGCGAGCCUAAGACACCCAACUCUUCUAAAACCCAUAGAGAUGGACUAUGUCAGGGAAUAGAUGCGAGACCAGAGAUCCGAGGAAAAGGGGAAAGAAAUCAUCUGUCUUUCAGUUACGGCCUAGAAAGCAAAACUGAAAUGGGGACUAUGGCAAUGAGAUGCCAAAAUACCUUUACAAUUGGAGAGAGAAUCUGACCAUUUCUGGGUGCCCUCCACCCCUAAAUUCAAAAAUAAAGACAAUCAAAAAACUCAAGUAAUUGCCGAGCGGAAAACGGCUAGGAGGGGUAAGUGUCCAGUUGCUGAAGGACAAAAGAGGGAAACUCUUGGUUGUCCUUUGCCUUUACUUAUUGAAAUUCAUGAUUUGUAGUGAAUGGAGAAGUUGGCAUGUGAAUCUUUAUUUUUAAUCAUUCCCCUGGGCAUUUUAAGAAAUCAUGUCAUAACUUAGGUUUAGACCCUCAAAUUCAAAGUUUCCUUAGGCCUUAGAGCAUCUCUUUUCCUGGUUCCUUUUUUUUCCUAAAGCUCAAUUAGAGUAGAAAAAUUCGUAGGCUCGCAAAUACGAUAGCAAGUGUUGCUGCCAAGUGUUUUUCUCAAUUUGAAGCGCAAGCUGUGUAUUGUCUAUUGUUAGUAAUUUUUUAAAUGCCUGUGUAAUCCCAAUGAAGCUAUUAGCUGAAUUGUAAAAUAUACUCGUGGUAAAAAUCACUCAUCUCAAAGAUCAGGGUAACCACUACAACAGUGUGUCAUGUCUGCCUUUGCUGGAAUACCGUGUUCCACACACUGGCCUGGAAAGGGACCAGUGAUUGUGGAAAGAACACUGCUCAGUUUUACACUAUUCAGUUAAGAGAUAUGUGAACUCCCUGGCUGGUCACCUUACCUUCCAAGACACAGGCUCCACCAGAAUUUGUCUACAAUACCCACUGAGCCAAGUUGUCACAUUGAAUUCAACCCUGCUGUCAACACGUAGGAGUUAUAAAACAACUUCAAGUAAACAGUGGUUUGCAGAACACUGUGGGAGCAUCUGCCACUUCAAUACUCAGAACACGAGUCUCCCCUUUUCCUAGAAUUUGGUCACUGGCAACUUCAUAUAUUGGAGUGAGGAGGAAAUUGCAUACUGUAUAAGAUUUAACAAUUAUUUAAAUAGUCAUUAAAUAUUUGGAUAUACAUGAUAGAUGUAGAAUAUAUACGUAUAACUAAGUGCUUAGGUUUACAUGGGGGUAUAAAUAUAUAUGUAUAUAUUCUGCAUUUAUCCCCAUGUAAACCUAAGGAGUUAUUUAGUUCAGUAGUUCCUAACUUCUUGAUUCAUAGAUGAACUUUGGGAAGAGUUGGGGAAUACUCUUGCCUAAAAAUGUGUGUGUGUGUGUGUGUGUGUGUGUGUGUGUAUGCGCAUGCACUCUUUUUAAUGGGAAGACAAUCUCUAUCAUUCAUUAAGAUUCUCAAAGUAUCUGUGGCUAAAGAAAGGUAAGAACUGUCUUUGUAUAUUUUAUGACUCUGUUUAUGUUUGCACACAUCAGAACAAACUAGGGCAAAAUGGUUUUGAAAAGCUUGUACCUUUUUAGCUCAUUGUUUCAUUUUCACAUCCUCAGAUUCAAAUAUGUAAAGUUGGCCUCGGUUGUUCAUCUUUGAACAUACUCAGGUUGAAUCAGUACCAUGUAUAUAAACAGCUUUCAGGUGACUCCCAAAGUUGGGUUCCAGAAGUUCUUUUGUGAAUGGUCAAGGACCUCUCAGAAAGCCUUAAGACAAAAUGCCUUCUCCAAAGUAGUCUCCUUUUGAAAUGAUAGUGGGACCUGGUUUUCACCAUCUGGUUUUAAAUUCAUGGCACCUGUCCCCUGUAGGGCUGAGGGUAAUAAGCAUUCAAUGUAUCGGGCUUUAUAGAAGGCAUGUUUUUUUUAAUCAUCCAGCAACCCUUCGAGGUGAUUUACAUAAUUGAGCCAAAGUCUCACAGUUGGGAAGGGGCAGAAUGAGGAGCCAAACCCAAGGUUUCACUUCCCAAGUGUAUUCAUUCAGUAUUCUAGGCUAGAACCUGAGGAUCCAGCAGUGAACAAAAUCACCUCCAGAAGUUAGCUUCUGUUUCUGUUUGCUGACCCUUCCGGCCAUUCAUCCUGAAGACCUAAAACCUAAAGCACUAAGAAGUGAUAAUCUAGCUCAACAUAGCAGUUUCAUUUCUAGGAACUUCAGAAAAACUGAAUUAAUUGCUGCUCGCCCACCCUUUUAAGGUCCAGUAGGCUAACUGUGAUGUUGUUGUGCUGACUAUUGUGAAAAGGCAACCAUUUUGUGUGUUACAUCCAAGAAAAGGCCAUGUUGGUGUCCUUUUGAAUUGACACCGCGGUAAAUUAGAAGCAAGGGUAAGCUUGUCUCGCACUUAAACAUGUUGAGAGUUUUCAUUUUUGUGAAAGAGUGGAAUUAAAGGUUUGGGAAGGCUCUCAUCUAUCUUGUUUUCCCAAGAAAAAGGAAAGAGACCAUUUUAGUGUUGUUGUAGAAAAGUGUGGCAUGUCACUUCUUAAGUUACGAACUUGUUCCCUUCUGUGUAAUAACAUUCUUUUUUGAAUAGUGCUGAAGUGUGUUGCCUUUUGAAGGCUAUGAGGAUAUUUUCACCAUCACUAGUUUAACUUUAAUAUUAUUUACUUUAUGUGACACGAAAAUUAUAAACCCUGAGGUGACAGUGGAAAUAUUUGAGGAUAGAUUGAAAUAAUCUCUCAACAAUGGGGAAGACUGCCUUAUACUUGGAGAACAGGGAGUUUUGGAAAAUAUUACAACCCUGUGUAUUUUGUUUCAUUAACACAAUUAUGCACCUUCCCUUUCACCCCGCCCCCCAAAAAACUGUUAUGUAUCUUUAUUUUGUCCAAUCCCAUUUCAGUCAUCAGGUAUUUCUUUCUUUCUUUCUUUCUUUCUUUCUUUUUUUUUUUUAUUUGUAACCUGGUAACUGAGAAUAGAGGUUUGACACCAUAUGUUCCCCUGUGCUUCUUCAGGUAAUUGACUCCCCUGUGACAAUAACAGUACUCACUUUCUGAUAACUUGAGAAACAGAGUCAUUUUCUUGGUCUGUGCUAAAUUGAAACUCUUCCAUGGCAAUUUGUAUCUUUAACUUUCUGUGACACACUUGAGACAUUAAUCAAGGUAGUGCUCAAAGUGCUUCAAUGUCUGUAAUGAGCACAUCUCACUAAUUUCAACGCAACAUGCAAGUUUGUGAUUUAUACCCAUGUUAAGGGAAAACAUGAUUAAAAGAAAAAACAGUACUGCAAAGAGCCCUGUUUUGGAAAUCUCAAAUCCUUGCUCAGCAACUUCCAUGAGCCAUUAUCAUCAUCGUCGUCGUCGUCACCAUCACCCUCUCCAUGUCUCGGGGUGGUCAAUGAUAAAAUGGAUAUAAGAGUUUUAUAAUAUGUAGGUCCUUUAUGUGCUUAAAGGGGAAGCUAUAUUUUAAUUUCUACCACAUGCAUAGAAAAUCAUGCUCAACUAUGACUUGAAAUUAGCAUUUCAGCCAAAUGAAAUCUCCAUGUGUGGAUGCAGUGUCAGGGGUCUGACUCAUUUGAUGGGUGAAAACAAAGUAUGUGUUUUAUAUUCUAGAACCAAUCCUGGCUGUAGCAUUUGUGCCUCAGAAAGUUCUGAUUCACUGGGGCUGAGUCCAUAGGAAUAGGCUGGUUUACUCGGGAGCUCCUUUCAAUGCAAAUAUUUAUUUUGCUUGCUGGAAACAAAGGAUUGCAGUACCAGUCACUAAAGAAAAGCAGCUAGCUACAGGCUUGGCCUGCAGAGCAAAAAACAAACAAACAAACAAAAAC